AUGCAGAGUCUCCUUAUUUUAAUUGUCAUCAUUGCUUUGCAUCAGGUCACCGCUCAGUGUGAUCCUCUACCACCAGCCAUCACUUGGCACGCAACUCUGCCCUACAUCGAUGGAUGUCCAAAUGGUACAACUUGCUACGAUACAACGGACACUUAUUACUACGACAGUGGACCGGCACUUCAAUGCUUCAGUGAUUGUCCUCCUGUGCCUGACAGUAUCACUUGGGGAGCGGUUGGACCAGCGUUCGGCUUCUGUGACAGUGGCACGAUUUGUUACUGGUGGAAUGGGGAUAACCAGUGUUUUCGGAUGAGCCAACCUAUUGCCCGUAUGCUCCGAUCAAUGUCACUUGGGGUGGAUUUAAAUGUAACAUCUUUCCGUCAAGGCUGCCCGGUUGGAUCAACAUGCUACAAUGAUGGAGGUGGUGAUGAGUGCUAUUUGAAUGAAGAGCCAUGUCCAAACCUGCCAUCAAACGUUUCCCCAACAACGGUCGUGGGACCAGCAAUCGGUGGCUCUUGUGCUCUAUUUGAACGAUGUAACUUCUAUGAUUCGUCAAAUCAAUGCUUUUGCUAUGACAGUAUUGCCGCUGAAGUAUGUCAUGGAUAUCUAAUGUCAAACCAGUGUGGAGCUCACAUGCAACAGUGCGCGGAGACUUGCUCCGCUUGUUCAUCACAAAGUUUUGUUAGAGCAACUAAUUUUCUUGAUCUU